AUGAACGGAAGCAACAUGACUGAUUGCCCACCACUCAACGGUGAACGCGAAUCCACCACCUUGUUGCCAUCGACGGGCUCAUCGGGGUGCGGGCUGCAAAGGCCGUCGCGCAGCACUCGCGCUCACAAAAAACAACAAAUCCCUUUCCUCCAUCGUACUCCCACCAUGCGACUCCUCCCUUUCGUUACGCUCGCCGCCUACAUGGCCGUCGUCUCUGGCGGGAGUCCAUUGGCUGGCCGUGCGAUGGCAGUGCACGAGUCUGUGAAGGCCGUCCCGAACGGCUUUGCGCGCGCCGGAGCCGUGGCAUCGUCGGAAACGGUCACCUUGCGCAUCGCUCUCGCCCACACCGACAUUGGCGGACUGGAGAGGGCCACAUAUGAUGUCUCCACCCCGUCCAGCACUAACUACGGGAAGCAUCUCAGUCCCGAAAAGAUUGCAGAGUAUGUAAAGCCUACAGCGGAGACCCUGUCUGCCGUCAAGGGCUGGCUCGACUCGCACGGUAUCGCCGCCAAAUCCAUUUCCUUCGCAGGAGACGUCCUCGAAUUCACAACCCCCGUCAAGACUGCCAACACGCUCCUUGCAGCAGACUUCAUGCAGUUCACACACAUUGCCAGCGGCAAGAAGAGCGUUCGCACGCUGAAGUACUCAGUGCCCGUUGACCUCCAGAGUCGCAUCAAAUUCAUUCACCCAACCGUCGCCUUCGUGUCCCCGCUGAAACGCAUGCCAGGCGUUGCGGCCAUCAAUCACGUCCCAGACAGUAGGCGUGCAGAGAUCGUCCCGCGGCAGGGUCGUCCAAUACCGGAAAGUUGUUCGACAGCGAUUACCCCGGUUUGUCUUCAAGCUUUCUAUGGUGUACCAGCGGCCAAGGCGAACAACAGCAGUACAGGCAACGUCCUCGCUGUCGCCGGCUACAUCGAUGAAUUCGCUAAUGAGGCCGACCUUACUCUCUUCCUCGAGAAGGACAACCCUGCCUUAGUUGGCACCACAUUUACCACCAGCCUCAUCGACGGCGGACGGAACGAACAAACACAGGGUGAAGCGGGUGUGGAGGCUGGCCUAGAUAUACAAUAUACCGUCGGCGUUGCUGGCGGUGUUCCCGUCACCUUCAUCUCUGUCGGCCCAGAUAAUGCCGAUGGAAUUCAAGGCUUUGUGGACAUUACCAACCACAUCUUGUCUCUACCUGUGGAGACACGACCCACUGUGCUGACAACUAGCUACGGCUUUAACGAGCCAGAGUUGCCCAUUGAGCUUAACACGCAAGUUUACGCAUCCCCUCGAAAGGCAAUGUGCAAUGCUUACAUGCAGCUCGGCGCUGCCGGCGUCUCGGUUCUAUUCUCCUCCGGCGAUGGCGGAGUUGCCGGUGCCUAUUUGGCGGAAUGCACCGAGUUUGUACCGACCGCCCCAGUUGGCUGUCCCUUCAUCACCUCCGUCGGCGGCAUCACCGGCCUUCCGCCGCAGAGGGCUAGUUUAUUUUCCAGUGGCGGGUUCUCCAACCACUUUGCGGUUCCCGACUACCAACGGGCAGACGUCGAGUCAUACAAGGCAGGUCUCGCUGGCCAGUAUGCGGGGCUUUACAAUACCUCGGGCCGCGGAUACCCAGACAUCGCCAUCGAGGCGCAACGCCUGGAAAUGGCAUAUCAGGGCGAGUUUGAGCUUGCCUAUGGCACGUCUGCGGCCUCACCCGUUGCUGCGUCGAUCUUCGCCCUCGUCAACGACCGCCUGAUCGCGGCAGGCAAGCCCGUCCUCGGCUUCCUCAACCCGUUCCUUUAUAGCGCUGCUGGUCAAGCGGGGCUCACGGACAUCACAAUUGGCCACAACCUGGGCUGCGAUACGGACGGGUUCGCCGCGAAGGAGGGAUGGGAUCCAGUCACGGGCCUUGGAUCACCGGAUUUUGACAGGUUGCUAGCUGCGCUCGGACUUUAA